AUGAGCCUCAAUUGCUGGACUUGCCCUAUCUUGCAACGAACAAACUCGAGCAGCGACGUCGAUUUCAGUAAGGAGAAGGACAUUACUCAGUUUUGUUGUGUCAGGAUAAGUAGGAGCUUGUCGGGAAAUAUGAGUCCUCAGCCUUACGAGCAACUAGGAAAGGAUCCCGGGAUUCCGACGAAGAAGAUGAAGAAGGCCCCUCGCCGGUUUAAUACGUUCGACACCAUAAGUUACAGCGCGAUGGGGUUCGAAGGCAACGGAAAUGACGAGCCGAGAUUGGUUAGGAGCUCAGGGAUGAGGAGGGAUUGGAGCAUGGAGGAUUUGAGGGGGAAAAGGGGAUGA